GCUUCAUUAGCGGGCGCGAGGGGGAAAAAAGAAAGCGAAAAGGGGACCGGCGCUACAGCGGAUCGUGUGCCUGCGCGCCGCUGUUUUGGAAGGCGAAAGUGCGUGUCCGACCUCCUCCCGUGUCCUCUGCUGUGCUCUUUUCUCGUGGUCGUGUUUUGGGUCGUGCUGACCCCCCCCGUGUGUGCAGUGGUGGUGCCCCUGCGCGGAUGUACUGCUAAGAAAAGAAAAAGAGACAAAAAUCAACGGCGCCAGAGCCAUGAACCGUCCGCGCUACGACGUCCCGCCGGAGCUGACGAACCUGCUGCUCGAGUUCACGGUGAACGUGAUGAUCGAGCGGCCCAGCGACCUGGUGGAAUACGCGGCGCGCUACUUCUCCGGUCUCCGGGACGAGAGACAGCGAAGCGCAUCUUCGGGUCGCCCGCCGGCGAUCGCCGAGAACGACGAGGCCAUCUACAGCGACGACGAGGAGCCCAUGCCCAAGCCACCAGGACGGUUUUCAAGGCGCAAGUCCGUGUUUGCUGAACACUAUGAUCCAGCCGAGGAUGAGGAUGACGAGAGUGCCAAGGUGGUGUAUCCAAAAUCGGACGAGCAGCGCGAGAGGCUCGGCGAGGCUGUCAAGAACAUCCUGCUGUUCAAGUCCUUGGACCAGAACCAGAUGCAGGAGGUGAUAGAUGCCAUGUUUGAACGAAAGGUCAAGCCAGGAGAGGUGGUGAUCAAGCAGGGUGACGACGGCGACAACUUCUACGUGAUCCACAGUGGCAUAUACCACAUCUUUGUGACCACGGACAAGGAGAAGGACAAGCUCGUGGGCAAGUACGACGGAACGGGCAGCUUUGGCGAGCUGGCGCUCAUGUACAACAUGCCGCGAGCGGCCACCAUCACGGCCGUGACGGAGGGCUCCUUGUGGGCCAUGAACCGGCAGACCUUCCGGCGCAUCGUGCUCAAGAGCGCCUUCAAGAAGCGCAAGGAGUACGAGAACUUGCUCGAGAAGGUGCCCAUGCUCAAGUCUCUCAAUCACUACGAACGCAUGAAUUUGUGUGACGCCCUGAUGCCACGGGCCUACAAGGAUGGGGACCUCAUCAUUAUGCAGGGAGAUGCUGCGGAUGGUAUGUACUUCAUUGAAGACGGAACGGUCCGCAUCUGCGUCAAGAAAGACGGUGGAAACGAGACGGAGGUAUCAAGGAUCAGCAAGGGCGGCUACUUUGGUGAGCUGGCGCUGCUGACCAAGAAACCCCGUGCCGCCACGGUGUACGCGGUGGGGCCCGUCAAGCUCGCCUUUCUCGACGUCUCGGCCUUCGAGCGGCUCCUGGGGCCCUGCAAGGAGAUUAUGAUGCGCAACAUCGACCAGUACGAGGAGCAGAUGGUCCAGGCCUUCGGCACCAAGGUCAACGUGGCCGACCUCCGAUGAUGACCCCAAACGCGGCCCUAAAAUUUUCCACCACUCCUCUCCCCUCCUUCCUCGUCGCCCUCUCCCCGCCCCCCACACCUCUAUCCCCGUUAACUAGUCGGUCGGGGCUUGCGCAGCCCUGCUCCCUGCAGCGGCCACUGCUGCCGCCGCAAUAAACGAGGAGCGCGCCGAGUGUCGCCAGAGCGCCGGCAGCUGUGUAAAGGCUCGUGGCAUGGCUGUCGGCAUUCGUGCCGCUCUUUCUCAUGGGUCAACAACAAAGAGAGAUGUCGUAGUGGCCACUGGAAUGCAAAACAGAGUGGAGGGAAAGCGCCGGGGCAGCUGGCGAACGCCUUGUCACUAUUAUUAUUAUUGUUACUCUUACACCUGCGGUGGAUUUUAAGUGAGGCGAGCGAGCGCAUUGCAGAAGUUCAGUUCGACGUGCUUCCAUGGUUAGGCGAGAGGUGAGCUCUGGCCUGGGGGCGAACUGCCAGAGCUGGCUGCAGUGGUGUCUCUCCCCACUUCGGGCCUUGCCAAGAGAGGGGGGCGCGGUGCAGUCUCCAUCGUUGGAGUCCUCCUUGUCGUCGUUUUUGUUUGCCCUUUCUUUAAGCCUAUUGUGGUGGCGACAUACUGCCUGUCCAUACUUCGCCCAUAGGACCAUGGUGUUGAGAUGGACCUUAGGUCCGAUCCACACAGCUACCGAACGCUCGGUCACGUCACCGUCACGGCAAUCGGUACCCUUCAUGAGACGGGGUGUUCCCGUGCUUUUGUCCUCAAGAAUGGCACAUGAGUACACUGGCUGAUGCGGUUAACGUCGCCGGCAUCCCCCUUUUCAAGGAAAAAUGGCAAGUAAAAUGCAUCAAAUUACAGAUGCUGAUGAGUGACGGUGACACUAAUCGGGGUUUUAUGGCUGUGUGAAUCAGGCCUUAGUCUGGCUGGUUCAUACUGAAAUGGCGUAAAGAAGGCAGGGUUGCUUGCUCUUAAAGACAUUUUGCAAUAUGAUGCCCUCUCCUCCUUUGUCACCCGAGGACAUUUAUAAUACAGAGCCUGGCGUUCCAUCGACCAUGGUCCUCUGGAGGUUUGGUAUGCAGCUACCUCGCCUCACUUAAGGCAUUGAAGCUCGCUCAGUGGUGCCCUCUCGCCACGGCCAUGCUUCCUCAAGGGGUUGAUUAGCGUUUGUGCACCUCAUUAAUAUAGUUUGCUUCGAAAUGAACUGUGCGUAGUGCAUAGGUCGUUACGUUUGGUGACUCCACCAGUAUUUUUUGCACCGACUGGUGCAACCAACAUUGUUCGCCGGAAUCCUUUCAAAGCAUGAUGCACUUUGAUGUUUCGUGCAGCAUUCGAAGGGUAGUGACGAAAUGCGCAGCCUGCUUUGUUCGGUUGUUGCGGAAAACUGUAGGGAUAUCGCUAUUUGAGCUCGCUCCACAUUUAGAGACAUCGUAGCAGGGCUGUGUUAGGCCAGGCAAAGCAUUCGGGGGGUUGUGCCAUUAAGCUAGUAGUCGCAAUUAAAAGGAACGAAGCGCACCUGUUUUAUUGUGGCCGGGGGCAUGAAAACUCUCUAUUUAAGCAAAGUUUAGAUUUAUUCACGCCCUCACUAAAGUUUACGAGGUGUUUCAGUGUUCAAUAGACAUAAGUGCAUCUCUAAAAAAUAGACUGUCUCUAGUGCUGUACUAGGUGCACUGCUCAGCAGUUCCGAUGGGCAUGCUGUGGUCUUCACUGUGGUCAUCAGUUUGGUUUCACAAGAUGGUCACGCUUUUAUCACGUUACGUUGCGAAUGAGACGAGGCUGGUUGCGCUCAUUAGGCUCUGUGUAGUCUACAGAACUGACAGUGCGGGACGUUGUGCAGGGUACCCUACCAUCUUGAUUCGCAAGGCAGUGACCACAGCACCCCUUCGUGUCGUGUACAAAUGAAUGCCAUCGCGUUUUGAUGGCGCGCCAGUGCCGGAUGUUGUGAAUGGUUGCCGCGGGAGAGACAAAUUGUUGUUACACUAGCAGGUUGCCCCCACCUUGGCGUGUUACUGGGAAAAAAAAGAAAUGCAGUUUAUAAAAGGUGGGAAGCAUUCCCAACAGUUGUCGGAAGUGCGAACAGUGGCAUGCUCUCAGGUUCACCUUAGCCGCAUAGCAACAUAUACUGCCUUUAGGGGAUUUAGGGUACGAAGCCGAGUACAGUCGCGAGAUAUGAGUCUGCCCCGUUUGGGGUGCGAGCUUUUGCGCACCUUUGCUUUUUUGCUGUUGCACGAAAUUUGCACUUCGUGGCAGACACUGCCAAUCCAAUUCGACGCAGCUGAAUGCCGGGAGCAUCCCGGUGCACACCCGUCUGCUGAGUGCGAAGAACGAUGUCCCACUGAUAGAAGGUUUCUUGAGGUCUUUGCAGUAUGCUGCCAGCCACUUCAUGAAAAAGUAUAUCAGCAUGCAAUAAGAUUGAUUGUCUUGAUGAACACUGUAAUGGUCUUGGGAUGGCAGUUAGAAUGACGAAAUUUUUGCUGGUAUGUAAUCAAGGGGCGUUUUGGCUAGUGUAUAUCACGUUGUCCUUAGAGAAAUGCAAGUCGAGCUUAGGGGGGCCUCAACAGCCAAAACGAUUGUUUCUGCCCGAUAGUGGGUGAUUCUCUUGCUGUCCAAGACCUUUUUUAUGCUUGAAUGCUGGAUGAUAGCAUAUGUGACAAAGUGGUUAUUUAGGUGAGUUGGUGACUCAGUAUCAACACGAUUUCAAGCGUCGGAUAAGGAACUUCAUGUAAAUGAUUCAGUUGGCGGGAUGCCUAAAUGUCUGCCUGCUCUAGAAGUUCAAAAGAAAGAGCAGCUUAAGGUCGUCUUGCGACUUCGGUUUGAACGAGGUUCUCUAGUCAGAUGAAGAAUUUGGUCUCUUAUUUCGGAGUAACUGGUACAGUGCAGUUGGCUUCAGGUUGCUCCAUUUUAACUUCUGCUGAUCUGCAAAGUAGUCGCAAAGUUACAACUGAUCGUGCCAACGAAAUUAAGUGUCGGCGUAUAAGUGCUAAUUCUUUCGCCAACUGUAUGUACAACAAAGAUGGAGGAAAGUCUUGCAAGAUGGCACUGCCAACACUGCUGCCGUCAAUGUCCUCGGUGUUCUUUACACGCCUGUCUUGUAGAAAGACAUUGCCUAUUGUAUAAUUUGACAAACUGAUAAACCAUUUAAACCAGUACUAGAGGGUCGUAGCAACGUGCGCGAUUUGGUGAGUUGAGGGUCAACGUUGUUUUCUUUUCCACUUGCACGAAGGGAGCGUAGAGGUAUGAAGGUGUGGGCAGAACUACGCGUGAGAGGGCACUUGGAGGCACGGUUGCCAAACCUUCGCCGGCAUUCGUGUGCAUCGAGAUGCGUCCCGAAAAAUGUAAUGGCAUCUUCGACAAUUCGCACCGGUGUGCACCGGGGCGCACAGGCGCUACGAUGAUUGGGCUAAACGGCGUACCAGAGCGCCCCGGUGCGCACCGGUGCGAUUUGUCGAAGAUGCCAUAAGUCUCUGGCAGUGGUUGAUCUUGCAUGCAGACAUCUUCGAGCGUUUGUUCUUUUUUAUGGUUUAGCUUUGCGAACAUAUGGAGCCAUUGCAGGCAACCACCAUUGUUGUGCUUUUUUUUUUUUAAAAUAACUUAUUCGAGCCAGUAAUCAGCAGCUUGCACAAGCACAUAGUUCCACUUGGCGCCUGCGUGCGUCACCGUGGGGCUGCAUUUGUCUCUCUAUAUACAUUUGGAUCAUUUCGUUGCCGUUAUUACUUGUUGACAUGUUUAUCGUAUUUUGUUUAGAUAUAUAUAUUUUUUUUCUCGGGCAUUCAUUCCCCCGGUGUGUUUUCUUGCCAACCCAGUAAUGACGGAGGGCUCCAGCGCCCUCUGUUGUCAGCACAUGACCCGACAACGACCUCCCACAUCCAAUCCUCCCCCAUUUUCUCGCACCCUUCCGAUCGCCUUCUUCGCAAGCUACAGAGCUCACGCAUCCCCAGCCCUUGGCGGGGAUCACAAUUUUUUGGCUGUUUUUGAAUGUAGAGUCGCCCAUGCGUAGCUAGUUCGGAGAUGAAUUGGGUCAGUGUUGAAUUAUUCGUGGGGGAGGGGACUGUUAUGACGGAACACGGCCGUUGCCCGUCUCUCCUGCUGUGGGUGUGUAAUAAUGUUGACGGUGUGUGUGCGUGAAGAACUGUGUUCUCUCUAUCGUAUUAUUUCUUUUCUUUCUUUGCCUUCUUAUCGUGUGUGCUCAGCGACGUGCACCGCUUUGAUUCAUCCUGCUGUCAUGGAUAUAUGCAUUGUUUGUCGUCAUGCCUUUUUCGACCGCUCUUGAUGCGGGAGGCCACCACCACACCGGACUGUUGUCAUGCCCGCCUAUACUGUUCAAUCUCUUUGUCUUAGUUGUCUGUCUGCAACGGGCCGGGCACCGUUUGCCAGAGGUCGCGCAUGCGCACGUGACAGCGCUGGCUGCCCCUAAUCGCCUCGAAAUGCUGAUCUGCUGGACGCCUUGUAAAAUAUUGCCAUAUUAAGGUCGCGGUAUUGGGAGCUCCGAUUGGGAGCUGCUGUGCUCAAGUGGGAUUUGUCCAAAGUGCCACCAUUGCGGACAUCAGUAUAUCUAGCCAGGUCAACUAUCUUCACUGCUCUAGCUGGUCAUGUCAAAUUGAGAAAUCCAGUGAUUGUUCCAAAGGUAUAGAUUUACCAUUCACAAAACCAUUUUAGAACAAAGAUCUAUAAGCGCAAAAUGUGCUCUUAACUGCCUCGCUGACAUUGACAGCCCCCCCCCCCGCGUUCCUCUCCCAAUGCAAACAGGAACUGUGUGCACCGAAAGCCACAUCCUUUCCUGCACAAGUUUGUGACCAACAUGAUAUGGGGUCAUUAUCCCUGUACUGCGCAUGGCGCAUUUGCGAGAUGGAGAAAAACAAGUCUUCUCGAUAUUCGCUACCCGCCACGUGGCAAGACUGUCAAUGCACGUGCUAAAAGACGCUCGAAAAGGCUUGGAAGCUAACACGUGGCCUCCGAGAUCGUGUAGCGUACGAGUGAUAACGGCGCACUUGCUCUCUGAGGCCAUGGCCAGCACUCGUGCGUGCAGGCUGCCAGUCAGUGUUAGAAUUCUGGCCCUCGUAUAGUCAAACUGCAUUCUUAGGGAUAAGGUAUAAUUUUCCGAGUCAAGCGAAAUUCGCUUGCGUGAAGCUAAGCCUGACUGAUCGGUGUGAACUUAACGCAGCCGCGCUCGUGCGCAUGCGCGGUCGCUCGACCCUUGGGUGCCCCCUUCGACCACCGAGCUCAUUCCAAGUGUUCUUUCUCCUGUGUUCCUCACGUGUACGCGUCUGUGUUGCGCACGCUGGAAAUAAAAAUAAAAAAUACAAUAUGGCUGCCGCUUCUCCGGCAGCGGGACCGAGA